GUCAAACGUGGCCGCAUCAAGAAGAUCAAUGAGCUCCUUAAGGUCUAUGAUGGAUCCUCCGCGGCCUCGGACCUGGAGCAGGUCAAGUCCCUCACCGAAGAGAAGGAGCGCUUGGACAAGGAGCUCGACGCCGAGCGCCACUUGGAGGAUCAGGUCACCUCCCUCGCCACGAGGCUGCGGAACUCCCGCGCCAAGGCCAAGCGCCUUCGCGAGGAGCACGCUAAGAAGCAGCUGGUCAUCGACGAGCUGGUUGCCAAGCAGGCGGUGCUCCAGGACUCCUUGGCCGAGGCAGGCGCCGAAGUCUUGCAGCUGCUGCCGAAGUUCGCUGUCAACGUCCAGCAACUUGGCGAGUUGGCCGUGGAGCUCGGCUUGGACCCCAGCCUUCGGGCGGAGCUGGAGACGGAAGCCAAAGUCUGCGGGAGGCUUCAUGAGCUUCCCCAGGCGAAGCCGCCGGCGGCACAGGUGCAGGCCCUUGCUGAGGACGCUGCCAAGGACGACAUGGAGAUCAACAUCGAACUCAUGGAGUCCGCCGAGCUGCGGAAGGCGUUGGAGGCGGCAGGACUCACGCAGCCUGACGACGCCAUCGACGCGGACAUGCGGGUGGCGCACAAGCGCGUCCUCGACUCCUUCACGCAUGCGGCGACGGCGCACAAGAGGAAGAAGAAG